AUGCCUUGGUGGGGGAAAUCAGAAACGCCCAAGGAGGAGCAGCCAUCCAGCGCCAACUCCAGCGCCAACUCCAGCGCCAACUCCAGCACCGAGGUCGACAAGCUCCCGGCCAGAGAAAAGCUCCCCGCCAAACUGCAAAAGAUUGUCAACAAGGCCAAUGCAGAGAAUAGCAGCUUCUUUGACGAUGUCAAGGAGGGAAACGGGCCGGACUCUACAGAGACCAACCUCCGAUAUGCCGCCUACGCAACUCGUUUACGGACCAUUAUGCUCUCUGCGCAUAGAUAUGUAGCAUACACCUCCGACAUUGGCGAAUCAUUUCGACCCGUAGCUCACCCCAAGGUGGUGCGCGCUGCGUACGGCAUCUCGUGGCUGUAUCUCCUCGGCGACGUCAGCCACGAGGGUUACAGGGCAUACAUUCACAACCAGAGAAUUCUCAACCCCCAGAUGGAGCUCACGGCUCACCAGCAAAAGAUUACCGGUCUCCCCGCGACAGAAACCAAGCAGCUGACGCCGGGUGUCGUGCCGCCGCUCGAGGACUACCGGACGGUCAUGGUGCAGCGAGGUAUUUUCCAGGCCGUUGCCAGUAUGGGACUGCCGGCGUUCACUAUCCACAGCGUUGUCCGCUACUCUGGGCGGGCGCUGAAGAAUGCCAAGAACGCAACCUUCCGCACUUGGACACCUAUUGGACUCGGCCUCGCGGUCGUCCCCUUCCUUCCGGCCAUGUUUGACGAGCCUGUAGAGCACGCUGUCGAAUAUGUGUUCCAUAAAGGCUUUGAAGCUUUCGGAGGCAAGCAAGCCGUGGGCAAUGCGCCUGUGACGGGAAGAGAGGCUGAGCUUGGAAAGGUCAAGAAAGAAUGA